GCGCUCGCCUGCUGUACGUCUUGAUUGAAAGCUUGUGAGUCCGUCACUCAAGAUAUCUAUUUCCCAAGCACUCACCAGCUAUUGAGACUCAGUACAGGGGCUUCCUCAUGGAAACGAUUGCUAUGGAGUUGAUAAAAUAAGCACUGAAGACAGGUAGAUUUGCACCAGUUGUGAAACUGGACCUCAGUGUGCUAUCGUAACAAACGACCCUCAGCGGGAUGCCUGGAAAUGGCUGAAGUACCAGUAGCCAAGACUGGCCUGUAUUUGAGCAGCAGAAGUACAAGGGGUCCUUGAGUGUGUCCUGUUGAUGGACCCCCCCUGACUUCUCAGGUGCUAGAAGAACUGAAUGAGUUCAGUGAUUCCCGAGGACUCAGACACAGAUUCCUAAAUGUUGAGAGUGAAAGAGACCCUAGAAAUGGAAACUUCUCAACUUUCAUAUUCCCUCAGACCCAAAUUCAUUCCUAAGGAUGCAUUAUGUCUCUUUAGUUUCCAUUCACACUGGGCAUAAACUUCUCAAAAGAAUGAGAGAAACAGCAACAAGCAACAAUCCCAAGAACCUGGAGAAUGCCUGCCAUCAAGUAGGAGCUGCCUGAGUGUCCACAGGCAGCAAGGAUGGCCCUCCGCAGCGCUGCUCAGGACCUGUGGCAGCAGCUCUCCGCUCCCCUCCGCUCCACCUCAGUUCGUCGUCGGAGGCUUUUUGCACAGAGCUGUUGUGUUUUCAACGGUGCUCUCUUCAGUUCCUUGCACUCCUCUUAACAAGCACCUCAGCAGGAGCGGCAGCCGUAGCAGCAGAAGAGCAAGCGGGGGGCGCCUGGUGUCAUGACCAGGGCAAGAGAGCAAAACCGCCUGGGAAGAUGCUGUGGAUCCUUAGCAAACUACCUGACCUCUGCAAAAUUCCUUCUCUACCUUGGUCAUUCUCUAUCUACAUGGGGGGAUCGGAUGUGGCACUUUGCAGUGUCUGUGUUUCUGGUAGAGCUCUAUGGAAACAGCCUUCUCUUGACUGCAGUCUACGGGCUGGUGGUGGCAGGGUCUGUUCUGGUCCUAGGAGCCAUCAUUGGUGAUUGGGUGGAUAAGAAUGCCAGACUUAAAGUGGCCCAGACUUCACUGGUGAUCCAGAAUGUUUCGGUCAUCCUGUGUGGAAUCAUCCUGAUGAUGGUUUUCUUACAUAAAAAAGACCUUCUGACCAUGUACCAUGGAUGGGUUCUUACUUCAUGCUAUAUCCUGAUCAUCACUAUUGCAAAUAUUGCAAACCUGGCCAGUACUGCUACUGCAAUCACAAUCCAAAGGGAUUGGAUUGUUGUUGUUGCAGGAAACGACAGAAGCAAACUAGCAGAUAUGAAUGCUACAAUACGAAGGAUUGACCAGUUAACCAACAUCUUGGCCCCCAUGGCUGUAGGCCAGAUUAUGACAUUUGGCUCCCCAGUCAUUGGCUGUGGUUUCAUUUCGGGAUGGAAUUUGGUAUCCAUGUGUGUGGAGUACUUUCUGCUCUGGAAAGUUUAUCAGAAAACCCCUGCUCUAGCUGUGAAAGCUGCUCCUAAAGAGGAAACUGAGUUGAAACAGCUGAAUGUAUACAAAGAAACUGAGCCAAAAUCCCUGGAGGGAACUCAUCUAAUGGGUGAGAAAGACCCUGACAUCCAUGAACUUGAACAUGAGCAAGAGCUAAGUUGUGCCUCCCAGAUGGCUGAGCCCUUCCGCACCUUCCGAGAUGGAUGGGUCUCCUAUUACAACCAGCCGGUGUUCCUGGCAGGCAUGGGUCUUGCUUUCCUCUAUAUGACUGUCCUGGGCUUUGAUUGCAUCACUACAGGGUACGCCUACACUCAGGGGCUGAGCGGGUCCAUCCUCAGUAUUUUGAUGGGAGCGUCAGCCGUAACUGGAAUAAUGGGAACUGUGGCUUUUACAUGGCUACGUCACAGAUAUGGCCUGGUUCGGACUGGUCUGAUCUCAGGAUUUGCACAGCUUUCCUGUUUGAUCUUGUGUGUGAUCUCCGUGUUCAUGCCUGGAAGCCCCUUGGACUUGUCUGUUUCUCCUUUUGAAGAUAUCCGUUCUAGGUUCAUUCAAACAGAACCACUUUCAAUUACACCUACAAAAAUAUCUGAAAUCAUCUCUACAACUGAUAUGCACAUGUCAAACGGAUCUGAUCCUGCUAACAUUGUCCCAGAGAUGAGUCCCAAAUCUGUGCCUAUAAUCUCUGUCAGUCUGCUGUUCGCAGGCGUCAUUGCUGCUAGAAUCGGUCUUUGGUCCUUUGAUUUAACUGUGACACAGUUGCUGCAAGAAAAUGUAGUCGAAUCUGAGAGAGGCAUUAUAAAUGGUGUACAGAACUCCAUGAACUAUCUUCUUGAUCUUCUGCAUUUCAUCAUGGUCAUCCUGGCUCCAAAUCCUGAAGCUUUUGGCUUGCUCGUAUUGAUUUCAGUCUCUUUUGUGGCAAUGGGCCACAUCAUGUAUUUCCGAUUUGCCCAGAAAAGUCUGGGCUCCCAACUUUUUGUCUGUGGUCAUAGUGAUAAAGAAGUUACAGAUGCAAAUCAAACUAAUACAUCGGAUGUGUAAGACAGUUUAACUGUUGCUAUCCCUGUUACUAGGUUAUGUAGAGCACAUGUGCCUAUUUUGUACUUCAGAAUUCCAAUAAAUGGCUCGGUGUCUCUCUCUGGUUUUACCACAGCUAUACCUUGAGGGCUAAAAGCUAGUUAGGAAACUUGAGCCAGCAGAAAUGAGCUGGUUAAUUUCCCUUAUAUUUAAGGGUGGAAAAAAAAUAGAGAAAGGAAAACUCAGUUUAAAUAUGGAGACUAAAAUAGUAACACUGAUUUUCCCUAUUUCUCAUGAGUAGGUAAAAUUUUAUAUAAAAGAGUGAUUAGUCAUGUGAAUUAAGUUAUUCUUUGGCAGAUUUUUAUUAUCUGUACUAGAAUUCAGGUAUGUCAGUUUUCCCUAACACUCUUGUUCAAGUCUAGCUAAUUUACUUUUUUAAAAAAUCUUAUUCUCAGUUAUAUUAUAAAAACAAAUUCUCUUCCAAGUUUGAAGAUUAAAAUUUGAUAACCAGUAUUAUCCUUAUUGAUCCGAUUGAUGUUAAGGGAUUUACCUCUAUGUGGAAAAAUGAAAUAGUUAACUAGAAUUCUCUAAUAGGGUUUAUGGUUUAACUUUAGAGACCACCUUUGUAUUUUUCUUAUCAGCUAGGGCAAAAUAUUGUAUUAAGCAUAUGUAACACUUCAUAAAAUGGCUAUUGUGUAAGCUGAAGAUAGAAGCAAAGCUGUAGAGUAGAUUUAUAACACAGUGAAUGCAUGAGGACUUCAAACAUGCCAGUGGUUCGGCCAUAGAAACUAGAAGUUAAGAGUCACACGAAGGGCAAGUUCUGGAUUUAACUCACGUUGCUAUCCUUAAUGAUCUCUGUCGUGGAAUAUGAGGGAAUUAGCCUUCAGCCUGGCAAGUUAAAUGUAGAAAGCAAGCCCAAACUUGGAAAGGUUUUGUUUUAUAAAUCAUUUGAUUUACUUUUAACAUGCUUGGUAGAGCAUUUUUACUUUUACUCUUUUGUACCCAGGAGUUAUUUUUACCUAGUUGUAGAGCAAGACUGUUCAUAAAUGUAUCCCUUUCAAACAUCUUUGAGAAAAAUGGAGGAAAAAAAAACCCUUUUGUAUAUAUAUUUUACAAGUAAAAACUGUUUUACAAGUCAUUUUGCAACAUGCCAGUACCAGUGGGGUACUUUGCCUUAACUGUUCAUGCACUUUCAUGGAGACUGCAAUAUGUUGCUCUGAGCACUUUCUUUAUCCUUGAGGUUUAAUCUUUUUCUCCUUUCUAUAGUAUGACAUAAUGAUUUGCUAUGUUGUAAAAUCUUUGUAAAAUAUUUCUGUAUAAAAACAUUUUAAAAAAUCUUGAUUUCUUUUUCCUUAAUUGCAUUCCCCAUUUGUUUAAUAUGGCUUUUGUUACAGAGCAUCUGUUUUGGGUAACAUCUGUUUUUCUCUAAAGGCCUACGGUUUCAUAAUAAUUCACAGUUUUAGAUUUGUCUCCCUGCUUAUAUGUCUAGUUUAUGGUGGCUUGGAUAAAAGUAUAGUAAACACGAGGCCCAGGACUCAUUCUUUGACUUUGAAGAGGUCACUUUAAGCUCUCUUGAGUUGUUUUCUCUUCUGUAAAUUGGAGAUGAUAUUAUAAAACCAACCCUACCUACCUCCCAACUUCCCUGAUUGAGUCAAGUGAGAUAAUUCUUGUAGAAGCACUUUGUGGGCUAUAAGACAAAGUUGUAGUAUUACUAGAAGUUGGAUCUAACUAAUGACAGGGAGUUAAAGAUAGGUUCCUCAUGAUCGGCCAGAAAGAGUAGAGCCAC